GUUGUCACCAGUCUGUUGGUAAGCCCUUCCUUUUUCGCUAUUUUCACGUACGGUGGACCAAAGGGGUGAGCAAAAUGUAUCAAGAGGAUUAUGAUUCAAGGACUCUGUCAGGGCGACCGAGUGAGCUUCAUGGACUUCAGAUGAAGAUAGCAGAUAAAUACAACGUACACGAAAUCACACGCAGGCUGCAGCUGGACGGGCCUGAGCUGAGCAACUUGAAGGACAAGUCUGACAUGAAAAAAUACCAGUACUCCUUUGAACUUGAACACCGUGUUCUGCAGAGAAUCAACAUGAGCAGCUUGAUGGAGUCGUCGUCGUAGGACACCUUGCCACUGACCACGCUAGAUCUGUACCAGGAACGCCUUUCCUAUAUUACGUUUGCUCUUUAGCACAGAUAAAAAGUCUCAUCUUUUGCUUUUUUUUGCCUAUAAGGAAAUGUCAUCUUUAGGACGAUUUUGCCCCCGUCCUGCUGCCGUCUUUUGCGUGCUGAAUAUAGUUGAUUUGUAGAUUAUGACGAUUUUGUCGCGAUAUAUUCAUUUCUAGCUUGUGUCCUUUGUGCGUGUGUGAAAUGGUACCUAUUAGGCUGCACAAUUACUUGACGGAUCUGCAUCAAUGUCCAGAAAGAACAUACUGCCAUUGUAUGCUAUUGUUUUGAAUGUCUUAACUUUCUCCUUAACCAAAUUCUUUUGGCAUCAGUACUUUGGUCAAUACACCGUAGGAAUGGUUUUAUACUGAUGGUUUGACACCCAUAACAGUACAUUGAUGAGUGGUUAAACAUUCUUUCUAUCACCAUGAUGAGAAAACGAAUGAAUCACAGUAACAUUCACGACCUAUUUUACUCGCUGAUCCACGGGGGGUUAUCCGUCUUAGAUGGUUUUGUCAGAAAUGGCGGCUCACUAAAGAUCAAAGGUCCAAACCGGAAGUCUCUCCUGAUUGGAUGCAUUGAAGAGGAGCAGGAACGUGUGUUCUUUAGGUGUCUUCAGUUAGGCGUUGAUGUUUCCGCGGCUGAUGAACUCGGAAGAACUGCUUUACACUGGGCGUGUUUGCAAGGGAAGAUUGAUUUUGUGAAGGCCCUGCUUGCCCGUGGAGCAAAUAUAGACCAGAUGGACAAGGAGCUAAACACAUGUCUGAUGCUAGCUGUGACAAGCAACCAUUACGAAAUCGUAGAACAUCUUUGUAGAUCAGGUUGCAAUGUCAAUGCCAAAGACGAGGAUGGCGUUUCUGCUUUGCAUUUGGCUUGUCAAAUUAUGCAGAGGGAUGUUGUAAGGUUGUUGCUGCAGUAUGGUGCUGACUGCACAGUUAAAACCAACCGAGGGGAAUCCCCAAUAACCUUCUGUCUGUCCAACAAAGACAUAGAAACAGUUCAGAUCCUCCUCAAAUCAAACGCGAGAUUUGCCGAGGGCGACACAUAUUCCCAGGAUCUACUAAACGCUGUUGAAAGAAAUUAUACAGAUGCUGUUCAGGUACUUCUAUCAUCUGGUGUAGAUCCAUGUCCAGACAACAUAACCGAUUCGGCCAAGUCAAUGAUUGUAUCAAAUUUCACCUGGCCGAUUCUACGUAGUUCACUUAUUUCUGAAUAUGGCUACCUUACAACUUCCGGUCCUGAGAACAAACUUGUGGAGCACAUCGUUGGUAAUCGCCUGUUCGCGAAGGGAUCACGACAAAUCUUGGAACUCGCAGUCCUGUAUGGCCUACAGAUCCCCAGCUCAGGGAAGAUGUGGGUUUGUCCAAAGGGUUUAACUGAUAUGUGUAGGUCUUAUUUGUUAACGAUCAAAGACGAGAAAGGAUGCCAAAUGCUUAGCUUAAAACUACUGUGUAGAACCCGGAUCAGAUGUUGUUUGGGUCUUGGUGUGGUUCGGAAGGUUCAGACACUACCACUGCCCUGUCGGCUUCAGCGGUACUUGUGCUUCUCUAGAGAAUAUUGCCUUGACAAGCCACUGUUUUGAAGGUCGUAUUUAACACUGGUAUAAUCGUAAUGGAACUUCUUGUCGCCGUGGGGGCGGUGGGGUAGUCUAGUGGUUAAAGCAUUGGCUCGUCAUGCCGAAGACCCGGGUUCGAAUCCCCACAUUGGUACAAUGUGUGAAGCCCAUUUCUGGUGUCCCCCCGCCGUGAUGUUGCUGGAAUAUUGCUAAAAGCGGCGUAAAACAAAACUCAGUCAGUCAGUCUUGUCGCCGUGACAACAUAAAUGGGCUUCACACGUAUAAAAUAUAACUAGUCACUCGUACUAGUCGCUACAUUAGUUGAGUUCUCAGCUCCCAUACAUGUAUAUGACAGUUUGAUAGUCGCGGGACGUAUGAUUUUGUAACUUAUAUAUUUGAUAUCUGUAUAUGUAUAUAAAAGAAAACGUUUUUGUUGUACCUGUGAAAAAGCAUCGAUUUGGAAAAAAUGGUUUAAUAGGAACAUGGGUAUAUAUAUUUUUUAUAUAUGAAUAAAUAAUAUAUGACUGAAA